AUGGACAACCAGUUUCAAUUAAAUAUUCGUUCAACAAAACGAAAGUUUUCGCAGCCAGCAAUGAGGUCUACAAUGUCUAGCCAAGGCACUAGAGUUUUUUCUAUUGAUUCAAGUGGAAAUCCUAAUUAUAAUAAAAUGGAGUUUUCGCAUAGGCAUUGCCUUUGGCAAUGCAGACUAAAGCACAUAUUUUUUUAUUAUAUAUGGUAAGGCUUUGCCAAUCAGAAAUGGAAGCUGUGCUGAGUAAGUAAUUCUGAUAAUGCUCAGAGCCAAGCUCUAGUCUGCUUUUAGGAUUGGAUUUUACCACAAGGAAAAGGAGGGUUUAAGUUGAAAAGGAAAAGCCGAGCAACAUCUGCAUGCAAUAUCUAGACCAAUCGGACAACUUCCUAGAUUGAAGCUGAGAGCUGAAUCUCAGACUUUGAAAUUUUCAUUUCUACAGAUAGUAAGCCAGAAAUUCUGUUUUUUCGGUUUUUUGUGUGGACAAUCUUCGUUCAACCCAAACAGAAAGCUGCAGAAGGGCAUAGCCUUGCACUUGAUACUGGAGCCAAUAAGGCAAGAGGAGACUAAUACACAGAACUCUACUUUAUAGGUUCAAUAACCUCAGACGAUGAUGGAGAGAAGAAGGGUAGUGCUCGAGCGUUGAUUACUUGCGAAAAUCAUCAUCUUAUUCAAACAGGUUCUCCUUGGUGAUGUUGCAAAUAAAAUAAAUCUUCUAAGAGAUUAUUAGUAACGGAGUUACCAAUAAGCAAGCCGCUUAACCUUUAAUAAAUCUUAUUUAAGAAAAUCUUAAUUUUAAUAAUAAUGACCAAGCUUGCCAAAACUCACCAUUCAAAUUGAAAAGUGACCGAAAUUUGCCUCAUUUUACCUCCGCUUUAAAUACUUUAAAUAGAACUCAGACAAUGACAUUAGAAUCUGGAGAUAAAUCACCAUCAGUUUCUAACCCAAAAUCAUUUAAAAGAAUAAUAUCAUUUCGUGAUGCUGAGAAUUUACGAACCCAAGAUAAUAAUUCUCAACAAUCUCUUGGAGAAUCCUCUCCAACUAAAACUGUAAGAUUUCUCGAUGAAGAAAAUUCUUUAAAUAAUGACCCUGAGCCUCAGCCAACAAGAAGAAGAGCGAGAAUAAAGACGCUAAAAUUAAAUGUAAAGCCAUGCAAUCUGUAUGAUAUUAAAGAAGAUGAUAGCCUUGAGCAUGAAAAUAUUUUUUUAAAUCAGACUAUAAAAGAAAAAAAUGAAGAGAAUUAUAUUCGCGAUUUAAGCGAAGUAUGAACUCAUAAGCAUUAUAGGUGCCGAGUUAGAGAGUUUUCUAUAAGUCCUGAAGAUGAAUCAAGAAAAUUUCAAGAAAAAAGCCCGAAAUUUGCUAAGGGAGCAAAACUAAAAGAAAUGAUUGGCGAGAAAAAUAUCUCUGACAUAAGGAUAAGAGUAAGAGGAAGUGUGAUUUCAUCUCGCUUGAGCGCUGAUAAGGUUGAUCAAGAUAAUAAAAUUGAGAAAACUGAAAAGAGGAAUUCACUUGAUUCAAUUUCUAAGGAAAGAAAAAUUCAAUUCAGUAGAAAAAUUCAUCCAAAGAGGUGGACUUGGAAAGGUGCAAAUGGAGUUAUUUUUUCUUAA